AUUUGUGGAGACCUCUGGGAAUUCGAACAAGGAAAAGCCAAGGAACAACCAAACUUGACUCUGAAAAUUGCAUGGGCCCGUAUUCACGUCGGUGUCGAAUGAUACCAAGGAUGGUGUCCAUCGACACUCCUUCUAAAUCUUGAUUUUUUCUUUUAUUUUCUUGAACAACUACGAGUUUCCUCAUCAUUAUGCUUCGAGUGAUUUCAUGAUUUCCACAAUGUUCCAAGACAUACCUGAACCUGAAAAACUCUAAAAUAAACUCGAAAUAUAAUAUAAAAACUGGACUUAUACUAUUGCUAAAAACCAGUGAAAUUCAUUAUAUUAAUGUUAUCAACCUUUGUGUUCAUCUGAGCAGUGGUCUUUUGAUGGUUGAUCAACAAUUGCUACAUCAUCAUCAUCAAGUUUAGACUUUUGAGCAACUGGCAAGUUUAGACUCUUGAGCAACUGGAACUGAGCUUCAACAGCUUGAAAUAGAGAUGGGUUCUUUGGAUGGACGGUGUUGAAUUGUUGUUUCUGCUGGUAUCCUCCCUUAUUCUAUUUAGAGCUCUGAAUCCGAAAUGAGUUAACUCUGCACAAACAGUUUAUUAUGAUACUUUUGUUGGAAUUCAUGUCCCUUGUCUGAGCUAGGUAUGAUUAUCAUUGACCUUAUGGCUAUUUUUAUAGUUGUAGAUAGAAAAUAAAUUAAAAGACCUUUUCUACAUCUCAAUCAAUGGCCUAUACUUUUGUAAGAUAUAAACAUAAAUUUUUUUUUUUUAAAUGUAUUGUUAAGUUUCUCAAUAAACAAUACCUGUGGUAGAGAUGAUACUAGUAAUAGAUAAAUCAGUACCUUAUAUUUGAUGACUAUCCAUAACCGAUAGCCUGAGGAUGUAUCGUUCUAUUAAGCCGGUGUCCAAAUCCAUCCGAAUUUGAACUAGACAACAUUUAUAAGAGGCGAAAAAUAAAUACUCGACAACGGAGCAAGUAUCGGGUUCGGGCAAACGGGUCAAAAUAAUUUUUAAUGGGACUUUAUCAAGUUCAAAAUUGAAGCGGGUGGAUCCGAUAGUUUGAAUUGAAAUCUCGCCGGCUCGCGUAAAGCUCUACAGAUUCCGUUUGUUCCUCAAGCGAGCGGUUUGGAUUGUGAUCGGAAAGUGAAGAAGAGAUGGAGGAGUAUCUACAGUGUAUGAAGACUCUCCGAUCGCAAAUGACUGAUGUGGAGGAUCACGCGGCGAAAGUCUCCGUCGAGGAGCAGAUGCAGAUUACCACAAUCGAUACCUUGCAGAAAGAUCUCGAUCAUGCAUUGUGUGAGACAAAGAGACUCAAAGAAGAGACGGAUCAGAAGACGAGGACUAAAGGCGAACUAUGCUCACAGAUUCUUGGAAAGCAGAGAAAGAUUUCGUCAAUGGAAUCUGAUUCAGCAAAUCUUGCACAGAGUCUGGAGCUUAUCCUACAAGAACGAGACAGUAUAUCUGCAAAGCUUGUAUCCAAACGUUCUAACUAUAUAAAGACUGCAGAGGAAGCUAAAACCAAACUAGAGGAGCAGAAGGGCUGGUUUGUUUCCCAUAUGAGCAAUGAAACUGGCCAACAAAGACAGAAAGAAAAAUCAAGGAAAAACCUGAUGGGAUUGUCAGAUUCUGCUAGAGCAAAGCUUGAUCAAGCAAAACAGAUGAGAUCCGAACUUAUCCAGGAAAAUUCCAAGAUCAAGCUAUCAAUUGAGAAUGUGAAGAACAAGAUUAAUGAUUUCAAGCCAGAGUUAAUGCCAUUGGAUAUUAAGAUUCUAGAAGAGGAAUACACCGCACUCUUGUCAGAUGAAUCUGGAGAGGCAGAGUAUUUACAUUCGCUGCAGAGACAGGCUGAGAAACUGAAGGGGAUAUCUUACAUUGCUAAAUGCGGUUGUGGAGAGGAAUACAGUGUUGGUCUAUAUUAGGCUAAAGUCAUGCAUGCAUCAUCACCUUUCAAGUAUAUGAAUAUGUGAAUGCAUCGAGAACCAAAACGAAGCUUUCUUUAUGUGCUACUUCUUUGAAUCUGUGCUUUACCUAACGGGGUUCUUGUUUAGUUUGUUGAGAUACAACUUCAAUACUCUCUUCUUCUUUUUUUGCCAAAAUUUGGAACUUCAGUACUGUCUUGUUGAAGUAUAUAAUGUCUCACAGUUUGCACGAGAA